AUGGUGAUAGUCAAAAGUUACAACAGUUACUAUAAUCUAAUCACUAAGUCCUGGUUCGUUGCUGAGCGUGAGGAUGAGCAGCUGUAUCGUCAUCGAGCUGUGGACUUACUCAACGACCCAGAUAUCACAGAUCGUGUUCAGGUCCUUGAACCAGAGCGAGGGCUCUCCACUCUGAGAAUAAAGAACCUGAGACUGAGCGAUUCAGCCCAGUAUCGCUUCACAUUCAAAUCACAGACGUUUGAAUGGAACAGAAGUUUCCCUGGCACAACUCUGACUGUCACAGAUCCAGAUGUUCAGGUGAUCUGUUCUCCGAUUGGUCCAACACUGACUUGUCACAGCAGCUGUCUUCUCUCUGGUCGUCCCUCCUUUGUCUGGUACGAGAAUGGAACAGAAAUUCACGGGGAAACGUUUCGAACCUUCAAGAGAUUCCUUCAACCUGAAAACAACUAUUCCUGUUCUUAUGAGCUUCACCACUCGUCCCCUGUGUAUGCUCCGAAGGUUCCUUUAGUGCAGCUGAGUCAACCUGGAGACAUUCUGAAGGACAGCUCGGUGUCUCUGACCUGCAGCAGUGAUGCUAACCCCCCCCCUGAAUACACCUGGUACAAGGGGAACCGGACUUUGUUCAACAGAGCAGCUCAGCUGGUUUUCAGCUCCAUCCGGUCGUCUGACUCUGGAGAAUAUUACUGCACAGCUGAGAAUGCUCUGGGGAAGACAGCGUCUAAACGUGUCUUAAUAAAUGUGAAAUAUGCUCCACAGUCCUCCUCUGUGUCAGUGAGUCCCUCUGGUGAGAUCAUGGAGGGCAGCUCGGUGACUCUGACCUGCAGCAGUGAUGCUAACCCAGCAGCUCACUACACCUGGUACAAGGAGAACCGAGCUCUGCUUCAAGGACCACAGGGCGUUUAUCAUCUCUCCUCCAUCAGCUCUGGGGACAGCGGGGUCUACUCCUGCAAGUCUGAGAAUCAGUACGGACGGAUCAACUCCACGUCUCUACACUUAGACGUCCAGUAUGCUCCAAAGCCUCCCUCUGUGUCAGUGAGUUCCUCUGGUGAGAUCAUGGAGGGCAGCUCGGUGACUCUGACCUGCAGCAGUGAUGCUAACCCAGCAGCUAACUACACCUGGUACAAGAGAAGUGGAGAUAAACAAGUUCAACGAAAAGCAUCAGGACAAAACUUCACCAUCACUGAUAUCAUAUCUGAACAUGGUGGAAAGUAUCAGUGUGAGGCCCAGAACACACACGGACGUAGUAACACCACCUUACAUCUGACUGUUGGAGCAGGUGCUUGGAAAUCAGCAGUGACUGGAACAACCACAGCUCUUCUCCUGGUGGUCGUCCUCCUCGCUGUCUUCCUGUGGAUCAGAAGAAACAAGUCCUUCACACAACAGCGUGAGUGCGGUGAGAGACCAGAAGACAGAGUGCAGAUUCCAGCUGCGGCACACACACGACCAGCAGAGCCACACGAUGACGUCCACUACGCCAGCGUCUGCUUCACCCAGAACCCGGCAGACGCCAUCUACUGCAACAUAGGUCGAGUUCAACCCCAGAGAGAAACUGAUGAAGACGAGGAGGAGGAGGCUGAAUACAGCGCUGUUCGAUUCGACAGUGCAACAGGAACAAGACGUGAAGAAGAGGGAGACGAUCCAUCUGCAUUGUACAGCACAGUCACCAAACACUGAAGAAACACAACGUGAAUCUGUUGUUUAUAUGUGGAUUUUACAGCAUAGAACCAGAAGAAAUAAAACAUA